AUGCAGAUCUACGAGGCAUGCAAGAAGAUGAACCGGGCGGUCACCCACCGCCCGGCGGACCACUGGAUCGGCUACCUCGUCGCCGUUUCCGGUGCUCUGAUGCAGAUGAUGAGCUACGGCAUCGACAACAGUUUUUCCAUUUUCUCAGAGAGUAUGCAGAAUGACCCGUCUCUGGGCUACCCGAGCGCGACAACCGUCAGCUUCGGUAACUCCGUCUCUCUCGGGCUGUCGCCGGUGUUCGGCGUUCUCGCUGGCUUCCUUGUCGAUCGCGUGCCGCCGCGAGUGAUGAUGUUCACCUCCACGGUGAUGCUCUUUGCCGCACUGUGGCUGAGCUCGUCGUUUGCGAAGAGCUCGGCGGAGGUCACGGCGUCCUACUCGCUGCUCGCCUCCAUCUCCUCCGCGUUGAUGCUGUCGCCUGGCGCAGCGGCGACCGGCUCGUGGUUCCGGCGUCGCCUUGGCCUUGGGCAGGGCAUCAAUUUCUGCGGCGGCGGCGUUGGCAGUGCCGUUGUCCCAGCGGUGCUCGGCAGUCUCGUAGACGUCUACGGCUGGCGUCACACCUUCCGUCUCAUGUCCGCGUUCUGCGCCAUUGGCCUGGUUGCCACACUCUUCUCCUGCCGCCGCCACCCGAUUGAGGAUGACGUUGACGUGGAUGAGCAUCCAUGCUCUGGCAGCAGCCCUGUCCGCGAGCCUCGCCGUGAUGAUUGCAUCUCGCACGGAAGCCUCGGCCACAAGGAGCGGAAGGGGAUGAUGCUCAUGGUAACCCCCGAGGCAGCUGAGAACGCCGCGACCUCGCCGACAAGGCGGAUGAUCGACUCCAUGCGCACGGAGGCGGAGAAGACGGCGAACCACGACAGCGGUGAUAACCUCAAGACGGGCAGCAACCCGGAUGCCGCAGCGCCAGCGCGCGUCACCCUAGCGUCGCCAGUCGGCAGCGACAUGAGCGUGCUGUUGGACUGUCACCAGCAGCCACCGCGGCAGCUCGCGCAGUAUGGACGGAAAGUGCACGGCACGCAGGCCUGCACGGUGGCGGAUCUGAUCCAGGAUAUGCACGUGCGGCGCCUGACUUGGCGAGAGACGAUGCGGGUCGUCUUCUCCGUUCGCUUCCUGACACACUUUUUCAUGUUUGCCAUCUACGGGUGGUCCUUCUACGGACUCAUCUACGUGGCCGUCCCCUACGUCUCCUCCAUGGGCAGCGCCGGCACGGUGUACGCGGAUGUCACCCCCAUCAGCACCUCCAAGGCGUCGACGGUGUUCACAUUUUGGGGUGUGUUUCAGAUUGUGGGCUCCAUCCUGGUAGGCGGCGCGGCCUCCUUCACCGACGACGCCCUCGCCUACACCAUGUGCGCCACCGUCGGUGGUUUGGCGACGUCGCUGCUCGUCUUUUGCCGUAGCUACGCGGCCUUCGCUGUGUGCUUAAGUGUGGUCGGCUUCUGCACGGCUGGCAUCUUCGCCAUGAUGCCGGCGCUGAUCGCCAAGGACUUCCACGGGCCUAACCUCGGCUUCUUCAUGGGCGGUGUAUUUGUAGCUGGCUGCCUUGGCGGCUUCUCGGCCCCGCCGAUUCAGGCGCAGCUGCAGACACGCUACAACGGCAACUACUCGUACGGCUGUGUGUUUAUCAGCUGCUGCACAACGUUUCCGGGAGUGCUGUGCUACCUGCUCCUGUGGCCGGAGAAGCAGAGUCGCGUCGGACGUGUCUUCAUGCGCGUGGUGAGGCAGGCGUGA